GCAACUGCCCCGUUGAAGGCCGGUUACCUUCUUCUCCAAUUCGUUUCUCUCAAAUUCCUGCAAUUCGCUUCCCGUCUCCACUUCUCAAUUCUCCGUCCUUAGAUUUCUCUCCAUUUUGUAAGCUUUCCAGACCUCUGCUUCUCUGAAAUUUCCAUCUUCUAGGUGUUUUGUUAGAUCCGACGAUGCCGGUGAAUCUGACGCCGAACGCGAUUGCGGCAAUCAACGGUGGAGAUGUGAAUUCAAAGCCGCUUGUGCAGGUUCUGGACAUCAAGCUCAUUGGAAACUCACAGGAGCGGUACCGAUUUCUGCUUUCCGAUGCCGUGGCGACUCAGCAGGCCAUGCUGGCGACUCAACUCAAUGACCGAGUCAAGAGCGGACAAGUUCGCAAAGGAUCUGUAAUUCAGUUGAUUGAUUAUAUCUGCAGCGUUGUUCAAAAUCGCAAGAUUAUUGUUGUGUUGAACAUGGAAACUAUAAUACCAGAAUGUGAAAUAAUUGGAAACCCGAAAAUGAAUACUGAAUCUCAUUCAACAGCUCAGAAAGAGUUUCCCGGUGGCAAUCCUGCAAGAUCAGUGGGUGUUACUAAUAAUAAUUUGAGUGUCCAAAAUGGUGGUAAUAAGAUGCCGAGUUUUCGACCUUCUGUUCAACCUCCUUUCCAACCGCCUCCAAAUUACAAAAGUCAUGGCACAAUUUUGAAGAAUGAGGCACCAGCACGGAUAAUUCCGAUUGCUGCUUUGAAUCCUUAUCAGGGGCGGUGGGCUAUCAAGGCAAGGGUAACUGCUAAAGGUGAUUUGCGGAGAUACAACAAUGCCAGGGGAGAUGGGAAGGUUUUCUCAUUUGACCUCCUUGAUUCUGAUGGAGGGGAGAUUCGAGUGACCUGCUUUAAUGCAGUUGUUGAUCGGUUUUAUGAUACUAUUGAGGUUGGGAAAGUUUACUUGAUAUCGAAGGGUAGCUUAAAACCUGCACAGAAGAACUUCAACCACCUGAAGAAUGAAUGGGAAAUAUUUUUGGAAGCAAGCUCAAGUGUGGAGCUGUGCCCAGAUGAGGAUGGCUCAAUUCCAAAACAGCAGUUCUCCUUUAGACCAAUCAGUGAAAUUGAGAAUGUUGAAAACAAUUCCAUACUUGAUGUUAUUGGCAUUGUAAUAUCAGUGAAUCCUUCAGUCCCCAUCUUGAGAAAGAAUGGUAUGGAAACUCAGCGAAGAAUUGUAAAUCUAAAGGAUGGCUCUGGUCGGAGUGUUGAGCUCACCAUGUGGGGGGAAUUCUGCAACAGGGAAGGUCAUCAGCUGCAGGAGAUGAUUGAUUCUGGGUCUUUCCCAGUUUUGGCUGUGAAAUCCGGAAAGGUUAACGACUUCAGUGGGAAAUCUGUAGGCACGAUCUCUGCCACACAGCUCUUCAUAAAUCCAGACUUUACAGAGGCUUGUAACUUGAGAGAGUGGUUUGAUCGUGGGGGAAAGAAUGCUGCUUCUCAGUCCAUCUCUAGAGAUAUCAUGCCUGCAGGAUCUAGGAAUGAGAUACGUAAAACUGUGUCUCAGAUCAAGGAUGAAGGUCUUGGAAGAUCAGAUAAACCAGACUGGGUCACGGUGAAGGCAACCAUAUCAUUCAUUAAAACAGACACUUUCUGUUAUGCAGCUUGCCCAUUGAUGAUUGGAGAUAGACAGUGUAAUAAGAAAGUGACAAGGUCAGGGAACACAAGAUGGCAAUGUGAUAGGUGCAAUCAAGAAUUUGAGGACUGUGAUUAUCGAUAUCUUCUUCAAGCUCAAGUACAAGACCAUACAGGAUUGACUUGGGUGACAGCUUUCCAGGAAGCCGGUGAAGAGAUCUUGGGCUGCUCAGCAAAAGAGCUGUACUUGUUGAAAUACGAGGAGGAGGAUGAUUUCAGGUUUGGAGAAAUAAUCCGGAGCAGACUCCUUAACCAAUUUUUGUUCAGACUUAAGAUCAAAGAGGAAAUGUAUGGUGAAGAACAGAAGGUGAAGAUCACUGUUGUCAAAGCAGACAAGGUGAACCAUACUUCUGAAAGUAGACAUCUGCUUGAUCUGAUCUCAAAGUGCCCUUAAUAACCAAUUGAAAUGAGUCUCGGGUUACUAGCUAAUACUGAAUUUGUUGUGACUAUCAACAACCAUCGGCAGAUCAAUAUUUGUAUAUACACCUAAUAAAACCAAGGUGUAGUCACUGUAAUUCUUCACUUUAGAAAAUUGAUUUUCAGAUUUUUUUUUUUUUUU